AUGAGUUCAACAAAGCCUUACAUUGGCUGCAAGAUAGGGUUAAUUUCAAAAGCUCAAAAUCGUUAUGAGGGGAUUUUGUAUACAAUUGAUAAAGUGAACUCCACAGUAGUGCUGGCAAAAGUUAAGUGUUUUGGAACGGAGGGACGACCCACGGACAGACCGACACCACCCAAAGAUGAUAUCUAUGAGUAUAUCACUUUCAGGGGAAGUGAUAUUAAGGAUAUCACACUAUGUGAACCUCCGAGGUCUCACCAUGGCCUGCCACCAGAUCCAGCAAUAGUGCAGUCAUCUAGUGCAGGUAGUUCAGGUCCCUACCCAGCUCUUGGACCAUUUAGUCCCCUAGGGAUGCCCUCCUACAACCAGCUUGCUGCCAGCUCUCUACUUAAUCAACAGUAUGCUGCAGCUCUCGGCCUUGGGCCUGUGCUUCCAGGCUUACAUGUUAGAAAGGGCCCCAUGGUAGAAAAAGCUGUUCAAACCCUUCAUGUGGAAAAACCAUGGCAGAGGAGAGGCUUGACUGCACCACAAGAGCCGGAGCAGCGCUGGGACAGGAGGAGGCCCCAGAGGACCAGAGUAGAAACCUUCCAAACCAGAGGGAACAACAGAACUACCAUGAAGUCAGGCCCUGGUGUGUCCACUGCUCAGCAAGGAACUUCUCAGCAGCAGAAUGAUGAGAACAGGCCUUCUAUCAGAAGAAAAGGACCUCGCAGACGCAGAAGCCAGAGCAGAGGCCAGCUGAUGGUGGCGAAAGUUCAACUUGCCACCCUUAAGUUUGACACAGACUUUGAUUUUGAUUCUUCAAAUGCCCAGUUCAUUAAGGAAGAGUUGGAGAGGGAGGUGCAGGACAAGGUGGUGAAAGAUGAAACUCAUGAAGUAGGAGAGAAAGAUGGAGAAGAUUCACAUGGAGAGGAUGAUCAUUUUGGACCAAAAUGCUACUACAACAAAGCUAAGUCCUUCUUUGACAACAUCUCUUCUGAUAAUAAAGUCAGACUAACCUGGGCAGAGGAGCGGAAGCGCAAUCUGGAGACUUUUGGGGUCCCUGGACGGUUCCUGAGAGGCCAAGGCUUCAGAGGUGCAUAUACUGGACGAAGAGGACAAGGCAGUGCUCAAACUCAACCUUCUCUAAGAGUCAGGAGUGGACAGCUGUAA